AAAUGAAAGUGAAAUUGAAAUACAGUGGUUAAAAUUCGAAAUGUUACCACAAUUAUUAAAAAAUCGCAAACUCAUUGCUGAUAUCGAAGAUAAUGACUUUCAACAAUUCCAUAUCAGAGAUAUUCAAAUUCGAUUCGUCGGCACUGAGGAGGCCUUCAUGAUGACCAAAUGUUAUCGGGCGCGUCUGACGUAUGAUUUUAAAGGUUCUACCAGUGAAUUGAAUUUUUUCGUUAAGAAAACUCCCCCGCUUCCCCAAAAUGUUUACGAUUCGAUAAAUUUCAAAGCCUUAUUCACCAAUGAAUUGCAAGCCUAUGACAAAAUAAUUCCAAGUCUCGAGGAGUGCGGAAACAUCAACCUAAAAACUGUAAAAUUCUACCAUGGUGAAUUAAAAACAAAUUCUGCCACACUAAUAACAGAAGACUUCAGUUGCCAUGGUUGGAAAUUGACUGAAGGUAUGGCAAACCUAUCGCUGGAGCACACUCUUCUGGCCAUGAAGUAUUUGGCAAAGUUUCAUGCUGCCGGGUUUGCGUUAAGAGCCAAAGAUAAGAAACGUUUUGAGCAGCUCACUGAGGGACUAAUGGAAUCGCGUUAUGCCAAUCAAGAAGUUCAUCCGCAACUGUUGCUCCAAGUCCAAUGUGGCCAUGAGAGAAUAUUCCAAGCCUGUAGAGAAUAUCAAAAGGAUAUACCCGAAGAGUUCGUAAAGAAAUUUAAUGCCCUAUUUAUUGAAAUGGCCGAAUAUGGUCGGCGAUUGGUGCAGCCGGUAGAACCUUUUGUUACCCUAUGCCAUGGAGACUAUUUGAGAAAUAAUGUAGCCUUUAAAUAUGGGCAAGAGGAGGAGAAAGAUAAACCUUUGGAAAUAAUGAUGUUUGAUUUGCAAACUUUGAGGGUUACCUCACCCAUGUAUGAUGUGACCACAUUUUUAGGUUUAUCCACAUUUGCCGAGGUAAGACAAGUUCACUUUAAAGAAAUAUUUGAUGCCUAUUGUGAACAAUUAAGGGCAAGCUAUGAGCAGAUUGUCCGAGAAACUUCCCCAGAUUUCAUGAGCCAUGAAUCCUUGCUUAAGGAGUUCAUACGAUUUUUCCCCAAUGCAGUUUUUACCAGCUCUUGGUUCCUGCCACAAUUGGUUCAACCUUUAGAAAUUUCUAUGGCCGAAAUGUUGACACAACAGCUUACCAAUGAGGAAAUCAUCCAUGAUUGCAUGACCAGAGGUGGAGUGGUGACGGAUCGUGAGUUGGCCCACCAAAUGAAGGAAUUAUAUCACCUAGUGCAGAAGUACAAUGUUAAUAUCUUUCAAUAA